CUUCCGGUUCGCACGGCUCUGAGGGUGGCGAAGGUCGGUUCGCGUCGCGUUUCGAAAAAAAGUGAUGCGUCGUCGGGUCAGUUUGGAUGACAGUGCGACGCCCGGGAAACAGGCACCAGUGGUUGGUUGUUCGUGGACGGUGUGAUCAGGCGAGUGAUUAUUCGUGACGAGUGUGACACGUCCGUCGACGUUUCUUUUCGUGACCCGGUCCUCUGUUUCGUACACCGAACUGCUAUAUACCGUGCGAUGCUGAAGUGACAUCCACGAACCUGGACAGCACGUACUAUCGCGGCAGCGAGUGAUGAGACACGACGACAGCCGGUCGGUCGGGCUUUUCUUCGAUUAGAAGAGUCGACCAUCGUGCAACCACGAGGACACGGGCUUCACCGGAGCUCGUCGAGGACUAUGCCAGUCGGAGUAGAAGCAUCCACCGGAGGAAACUGGGAUACUCGCUGAAGUCAAGGAUGCAUUGAAGAGCAGGCCGUUUGUGGAAAUACGAGAUGUCCACCGCAACCAGCCCGUAUGGCCCCAGUAAGACACUUCCUUUAUUAACGCAUCACCGAAACGACCCCACGCUAUUUCCUAGAGGAUCGAAGCGGAGAUGCUUUCCGACUCGGUGUACUACGCGACUCCCCGGCGGGGAACCGCCGACCAGGACAGCGACUCCCAAUACGAGACCCAGGCCCAGCUGCAGAUCACGAGCAUCCAAAAGCCGCGUAACAAGCGGAAGAACUUCAAGCCCAUAAGCAGCCGUAUGGUGGAGGUGUCGGAUGAGUCUGAAAAGGAGGACGAGGAACUGGAGGCCAUGGAAGAGAGCUCUAGCGAGAUACUCGAGUACGAGAGGAAGACGAUGCUGCUGCCCGCCGACGACAGGUUCAAGCAGAGGUUGAACAACAACGAGGUCAGCCCCAUGGAUCUGUCCGUUACCACCAGGCCGCCUUCGUCCGAGGCUGACGACGACAGCGGAGACUCCCUCAGGCACAAGUUCAUCCUAGAGCAGCUGAGGUCGCAGAAACUCUACUCCACUGGUACCGAGGCCAGGAGUCCAAACUCAGACUCGUCGGAGAAGAGCGACAGCGGUGUCCUGGAUACAGAGUCCGGGCGUCUGGACGACACACCCUUCGAGGACGAUCGGGCACAGGACGGUGACGGUGAGGUCGACUGCGAAGAAAGGAAACCCGUGGAGGGUAUGAGGGAGUACAUGGAGUCGACCAUGGAAGAACUCUUGGCGAUCUACGGGCUGGCGGAAGGAGAAUUGGCCAAGUCGGUCAGUCGACAGCUACCGCCGACCUUCUUGAACCCUGCGACCGGUCAACAUCAUCACGGGAAGGUCAAGGUGAAGGAAGAGAAGGAUGCUUCAUCGAUGGCGCCAGGGAGUCCUCCGACACCCCCGCACACCCCGCAAAGCCCGCCACGGCACAAUCCACCUCCCAGCAACCUGUCACAGUCAUGUCAAACGUCGAACGCGAACUCACCCAACCUGCAACAGCAGCAACACCAGCAGCAACACCAGGAGCAACAUCAGCAGCAGCAGCAACCCCUUCACACGAUGGCGAGCUCGCCGUUGAGUCAGAUCCUGGUGCAGAACCCGGCGUUGGCUCAGCUGUUGCAGCAAAACCCGGCGAUUCUGACGCAGAACCCGCAAUUGGCGCAGUUGCUGCAGCAGAAUCUUCAGGUUCAGAUGGGCAGCGUCCUCUUCCAGAACGUCAGGAGGGAGGAACCCGAGGAGCCGAGGGUACCGCCGACAAUAGCGAGCCUGGCGGCGAUGAAGGUGGAGGCAGCUGACCCGAAGGUUUCCGCAUUAUUGAGACAGAGCAUGUCUCCGGUUGCAGAUACCCUGAUCGGCAGUUCGAAAAGCUCCGUGUCCCAGCCGAUAAUCGAUUACUCCCGAUACGUGAGAAGGUACUCGUCCGGACAAGAAUGUGGCAGCUCAUACUGCAAGGAGCUCGGGUGCAGAGAGCAUUUUCACUGCCUGGACUGCAGCGGCAGGGUGUUCGUAAAAAAGGAAGAGAUGAUCAGGCAUUUCAAGUGGCACAAAAAGAGGGACGAAUCAUUGCAGCACGGUUUCAUGAGGUACUCGCCAACGGACGACUGCUCGGAAAGGCAUCCAGGUCGUGCCUGUCCUCACAAUAGAAAGCAAACUCACUAUCACUGCAUACAUGAGAACUGCGACAAGGUUUACAUAUCAACGUCGGACGUACAAAUGCACGCCAACUAUCACCGCAAGGAUUCAGCCAUCAUCCAAGAAGGUUUCCAGAGAUUUCGAGCUACCGAGAGCUGCGCCACGGAACACUGUCCCUUCGCUGGCCAACGAACCACGCACUUUCAUUGUCGACGACCAGGCUGUCGAUUCACGUUCAAGAACAAGGCUGACAUGGACAAACACAAAUCCUAUCACAUAAAAGACGAGCAGCUGUCCCGGGACGGAUUCAAGAAGUUCAUGAAGUCCGAGGCGUGUCCCUUCGAGCAGUGUCGUUUCUCCCGCGUUUGCAAUCACAUCCACUGCAUACGGCCUCACUGCAGCUACGUUCUCCACUCGUCCGGUCAGCUGUUCUCCCACAAGCGGAAACACGAGCGUCACGAGUCCGAGUUGGCGUACAGAAAAUACAAGCAGAUCAGCACGGUGGGUGGAAUACGACCGUCCGGAUCAUGGCCGCCCGACGAUCUGAGCACCCAAAGCCUGUCCCUCAGCCUGAACGGCGAGAGCUCGAACGAAGACAGAGGCUCCCCAUCCUACUAUUCCCUCGACGAUUCUUUCCAAAGCGCCAGCGAGCUCGCGAUGGACCUGACCGCGCCUACGACCACGGUCACCGCCAGCGGAAGUUCCACGGUGACCGUCGAGCAGCAACAUCCGCUGCAACAGCAGAGCCAACUGACCCCCACGGAGCUCGCGUAUCUCGUACCUGCCGCCGCUGACUGUCCGUGUCACCUAGGCAGAGAUCACCAUCAUUGCGGAUUGGAUCGCUGCGGGGCCGGGCUGAGGGAUCCCCGCGAGGUCAGGGAACACUUGAGGGAACACGAGACGCAGGAACGCAUCACGGACGCGUUCUUCGAGGAGGGCGGCUGCGACGACAACUGCCCGUACGCGGACAAAGAGAAGCACUAUCACUGCAACUGGGAGAACUGCCGCGAGGUGAUCCUCUCGACGGACAAGCCGUUCCGUCGCCUUCAGCACUACAAGAUCCACGAGUACAGCAGGCAGCUGAACCUCUCCUGCUCGUCCCACGCUUUAUCCUCGGACGUGACGCUCACGCACCUGACGAACAUCGACGCCAUGUUCAGGCGGAAGAGAGGCAGACCCCCCAAGAACAGAGUGAUCGAGAUCUGGUCGGGAGGCGACCCAGCCACCCACACUCACGACUCGCCGCAGGCGAUCUUCACCAGUUUCAAGUUACCGAAACCCCAAACGCCCAGCCUGACCGCGAACCCUUUGACCGAGGAUCGCGAGGGAAGCGUCUCGCCCUCGAACAGCCUCGGCGAGCCCGAAGGGUUCUCCACCUACAAUCCCGACGGAUGUCCCGAUCCCGCUUGCGUGCUCAGGUCCACCAGACACCAUCAUUGCUUGCAACCCAGGUGCCACUUCUCCACGGACAAGCCCGACCAGCUGUUGAUGCACAGCAAAGACUUCCACGACAACGUCGACAUACCGCCGGGUUUCGCCUUCUUCGACAAGAUGGUGGACUGUCGGCUGCCCGGCUGUCACAGCAAUCGCGUGAACCGGCAUUUCCACUGCACCAGACCGAACUGCGGCUACUCGUUCGUCCGAUACUCGACCAUGGCCCUGCACGAGAAACAGCACAGCGGUCACAACGAGGGCGGCGGUCACGAGUCGCACGAGUGUCACGCGCAGGUGCAGCCAGCGAUCGUGCAGGAAACGAAACCGAGGAUCCAAGUGAAGAACACCGCGGAACUUAUAGAGAAACCGGACGAUAGUAUGACCGGAGGGGAGACGGAGAACAGAUCGAUGAUGGACGACAAGGAAUCAGAGAUUCCGAGUCCAGACGCCAACAAGACGACCGUGGUGAGGGCGGCAGGCACCUAUUAUCCGGUCAGUGGACCGCCGAGUGAACCUGCACUUCCGGGCGUCGUGCUAUCCAUGCGAACUUCCGUGCAUCAAGAAUCACCGGUGCUCCCAUCCACCAGCUCGGCCUCGCCGCACACGCUUUACGGGCCCGAGCAGAGCUGCAGCAGACCAUUCUGUAAACUGAAACGCAAGAACCAUUAUCACUGCAACGCGUGCAAUCAGGCGCUCUCCGAGCUGGAUCGGUUGGUGGCUCACAUCGCGAAGCACUCGACGGGCGCCAUACUGAGCCAGCAGCAACACGAUCUGGCCAAUCAGGUCCCCAGUCAACUGCAACACGACUAUUUGACGCAGCUGUCGCAGAAGCACGACUUCAUGGCGCAGAACGCUCAGAUGGCGCAGAACAUUCAGAACUUUCAGAAUCAGAUGCAACGACAGAUGCAGCAAACUCUGGGCCAGAUGAGCCAGCAGACCCAGGUGAAGGAGGUGAAGAUGGAACCAGCGAGAUGUGGCUCCGACGUCGGUAUCCAGAGCGUUCCAAACGUGAAGAGGGAACCCAGUGAAAUAUCGAGGGACGAGGGGAACAACUCGGUGAUGGACAGCAACGAGAACGGACAGUUGUCUCAGCCGAGCCUCCCACCUAGCGUUCAACAGUCCCCAGUCCCGACCACUUUCGAACUGGACCUCAGCCACGGGUUUCACUUUCCUAGCCCGGCCGUGAUGGCCGCCAUGAAUCAGCAGAUCGCUUUAAUGAACCAAGCCCUACCGCCGUUCCUUCAACACGGUGGCAUGUACACCGGUGGACCAGGGUUAAUGUUCGCACCUGGUCUACCUCCAGCGAACUUUCUACCUCCUACCAGAGACGAGAAUCCAUUGGCCUCCCUGGCAGCGAACCUAAACUUGAACAAAAGAUCCUUGUCUCCGCCUGACAGCAACUCGCCCGAAGCGAAGAAGCAGAGGCUUCAUCAUUCGAUGCGGAUGCUGAAGGACGAACCAGUUCCCGAAGGAUACGUUCGGUUCCGAUUCAACGAAGACUGCAGGUACCCCCACUGCGGCUACAGGGAGCACCAAACUCACUUCCAUUGUAUGCGCCAGGACUGCGGUUACUCGUUCUGUGACAAAACGCGAUUCGUUCAGCACACGGCGAGACACGAGCGGCUGGAUACCCUGAUGGGCGGCGAUUUCCAACAGUACAGGGCGAACGUUCCGUGCGGCAGGGCCCAGUGCGCCUACACGUCCUCGCUGGGCUCGAUGCAGAACAAGGCGUCGCACUUCCACUGUUUGAAAUGCGACUUCGUCUGUACGGACACCAACAAAGUGGUGGCCCAUCGGCGACAGCACGCGAAACUGGACAGCAUCGCGGCGGCUGGCUUCCAGAAGUUCACGCCCAGUCAGCCGUGCGGGGGUGUACAGUGCCAGCAUUCUGGUAAACAGACUCAUUAUCACUGUUUGCAGUGUCAGUACGCCGUGCUGGGGCUGGCGCAAAUGUCCGCCCACAAAUAUCGACACAUGGACACAUAACGAUGCCCAGCGGUAACAACGACCAGUUAUUGGAGGAGGCUCAAGAAAGACACUUGUCUGGUCCCCGUAGACAUUCCCUGAUGGAUCCGUGCGUUCUCUCGCUCCGCGGCUGGCGGGAGGGUAUGAGGAAGCAACGGGGGGGCUGGAUCCAGCCGGUGAAUUCGGAUCCUGCCGACGAAACCUAAUCAAGGACUGAGGAAAAAAAGACAAUUUUCAUACACGCUCCCUGUAGACAUUCCCCUGCAGUAUCGCUCGCGAUUGUCCAUGCUCGAUUCAUGAUGCUACGUUACACGGACGAGCCGAAUGAUUAGGAGCACCCCGACCGCGGCCUAGUCAUUAAUCUUCAGCCGUUCUCGUCGAGAAGGAAUCGAUAGCUCGCGCGGUGCGCGCCGUUUCUGGUCGACGCGUCGAACGGUAACUGUUCGGUCAGCUCGAGGACCUCGUACUUACGCGAGAUUAUUUAUUAGCCGGUAAACGGAUAAUCUCGGAAGAUCAAGGACCCGAAGGAACCCUCGCGAUACUUCUCGAACGUUUGAAACCGUUCGAAUCAGAUCGGGAAUGAGAAAACUGACAUAGAACUCGUAGACAAUAAACA